AUGGCGACUGUGUCAAUGAUACUGAUAACGUUGAUCGGAGUAUUGAUCACGGUUGAUAGUAUUGAUCGCGCAGAGAAUCCAGGAUGGGAAUUGAGUUUCAUUUCUAAGGGUCUUACGAGCCUUUUCUCAGUGCAGAAUACACUGAAACCGUUGAAGCCGUUUAGUAUGGACGAAACGAGCUCGAUGUUUGACGGUGGUGGAACGACUGGAGACCAAAGUAUUGGCCCAUUACAUCUUCGUCAAAGGGUUCCGGUGCAAAUCGGUCACCAGCCUGGAGCAGAUUUUGAAGCUGGAGGUAUCUAUGCAGCUGAACGGCAUGAGCUGAUGUAUGGAGUCCCUGGACCUAAAGCGGUGGAUACGAAUAGUAAACUGCGGGGAGCAGGUGGUACUCAGCCGAUUGCACCCCCUAAACUGGCAUUCAUGAAUGCGGAAGAUGUGGCGAGAAGGCGAGAAAAUGAAGAAAAUGAGCAAUUAGUGGACAGCCUAAAUGUGAACAUGGAUCCGGUCAUAAUACUCAAAUAUAUGGCACGACCGGAAUCUGGCCUGCAGAUUAAAAAUCGAAAAUGGCUGAAAAUUCCCGUGCCCAUGUCUUUUAUUGGCCGUGAACUGGUCGAUUGGCUACUGGAUCAUGUGCAUGGCUUGUACGAUCGUAAGGCGGCUCGAACGUUCGCGUCGAAACUCUUGGCCGAUGGUCAUAUACGUCAUGUGGUGAAUAAGCUGACAUUCACCGAAAAAUGCUACUAUGUUUUCGAUGACUCAAUUCUAUGUUCGAUGCGUCCACCCGUAACUAUCACCACCAAUAUUAUCGGCAAUCAUUCGGACUCGUCGGCUUCGAAUCCAACGACGAAAACUGGCGCCGAUGCGGCCACCACUGAGGUCACCUAUGUGGGAUCACCAGCGCCUCCACAUCAAGCUCAAAAGCGUCUGCUGGCCGUCACGCAAAAUGUUAUCGGUUGUAUUGGUAACUCGAACUCGAAUGCUUCUGGCAACAGCAGCAGCAACAACAACAACAAUAAUAACCAAGCACUUCAAAAGCAGUUCCUAACUCCCCUAUCAAACAAUAAUAAUAUGAAUAUGGCGACCGGGAUUGAUCAGACAUGGCCAUUGUCCCCGAUCGCUGCAUGCGGACAGACGGGGCAAUCAAGUGGUCAGCGACGGGACGAUCGCGAUAGUCCUGUGGUUAGUUGUAGUGUUUUUUGGUCGUUUCAUCCGUUUGCUGAACCAGUUAAUGUGAAUUUCCGAUGUAAUUAUCUUCAUGAUCACUUCAAUUGUGUCAUGAUCACAUCAUGA